UGGGCCGCCGGCCUUCUUGGAGGCGAGCGACGCGCAGGGCCGGCGUCAUGGACCUGCGGAUCCUGGAGCACCGGGUGCGGGUGCUGAGCAUCGCUCGCGGCGGCCUCUGGCUCUACACGCACCCGCUCCUCAAGAUGCUGCUCCUGCCUCAGCGUAGCAGGUGCAAAUUCUUCAGCUUAACCGAGACACCUGAAGAUUAUACCAUUAUUUUGGAUGAAGAAGGCUUUAAAGAGCUGCCUCCGUCCGAGUUCUUGCAAGUGGUAGAUUCCACCUGGCUGGUGCUCAACGUUUUGUCCAAUGGCAGUUCCUCCGCCAACAUCCAGCCUAUUGGCGUCACCAAGAUCGCCAAGUCGGUCAUCGCGCCAUUGGCAGAGCACAACGUCUCAGUGCUUAUGCUCUCCACCUAUCAGACUGACUUCAUUCUGGUGCGGGAGAAGGACAUGCCUGUUGUGAUUCACACACUGGAAGGCGAGUUUGAUAUUUACAAGGAGGUGAAUGGGGAGCCGGUCCCCGCAAACUGUGAUGAUGCGAGCAACGGAUUCCUGAAGCCAAAACAAGCCGUGAACUCCACUGUCCACCCCAUCCAGAGCCCUCGGAACAGGUUCUGUAUUCUGAGUGUCUCUCCUGAUUCUUUGCCAGCCAUUGCCACCAUCCUCAUUGAUGUCCUUUUCUACUCGCACAGCCCCCCAAAGGAAACGGUUCCAGCCAGCCAGGAUCUCGACUCCGUUACCUUCUUUGCCUUUUCAUUGAUCGAGGGCUACAUUUCCAUUGUCAUGGAUGCUGAAACCAAGAAGAAGUUUCCCAGUGAUCUCUUGCUGACCAGCUCCUCAGGGGAGCUCUGGAGGAUGGUGAGAAUCGGUGGGCAGCCCUUGGGGUUUGACGAAUGUGGGAUUGUGGCUCAGAUUGCAGAGCCUCUGGCUGACGCCGACAUAUCUGCUUACUACAUCAGCACCUUCAACUUUGACCAUGCCUUGGUUCCAGAAGAAGACAUUGACCACGUCACGGAAGUGCUCCAGAAACGGCAGGAGAGCCAGAGAUAGCUAUUUGGCAUAGCCUUGACAUGACUCCAGUGCCUAUUUGAGAAUGGAAGCUGAUGGACAAUGUCCCAGCUGUGCUUGACACGGGUGUUCCUGAGGCAAGGAAGAAAGCACACCUCAACGUGAACGGGGCCACCAUCUUUUAGACUUUUUUCCCCUUGGAGAGUUGUCUGUUCCAUGUCGAGCACACAGGACACCUGUGGGGAACUGCUCUUUGCUUCCCAGAAAGAGGGGUGCCUGUGCUUGCUUUUGGAUACUUUCCAGAACCUGGCUAACUAUGGCCAAUUUCAGUAUUGCCCAGUGCAGCAUUUCAGCGCUUUCAUUCCAUCCUCAGUUGUGUUGUAUCUGGAGCCGUGAAGGAUUUCUCUCCAUGACGGCUUCUGGGGGGAAAUUCUCCUUUUUUUGCACAUUUCUGUACUGAGAUUUCCCUGCUGAGAAUCAAGCCUGGAGCUUUUGGGGUGCGGUUGUGGUGUCCCUUUUUUUUGUUUUGUUAGAGCUGGAAACAGCUGCAUGUAUUCUAGGGUGGUGGAGUGUUGCUUUUAAGGUGUGGUCUUAAAAAUAGAUAUUGGAGCCAUUUCAUGUGUACUGGAGAAGUAAACUAGAGAUUGGCUUUCACUUCUGCUCCUGUUCCAAAGCUCAGGACAGGAGGAUUCCUGUGGAGCUUUUAGGUGCUCUGGAUAGGCUCCCCUUUGGCUGGGGUUGUGCUGUCCACUAACAGUAUUAAGCUAGCACAUUAAUGGGCAAUACUCGUUUGUCAUUGCCAAAAUCCGUGUUGGGUUGGGGCUGGGUAGGAAGGGGAAAACUUCCGCCUCCUUUUUCCUGUGGCCUUAAAGCUGACUCUGUGCCUUUUGUGUUCAGUCCUAUUUAAAGAUAUAAUGCAAGGAAUAAAGCCUUAUUUUCCCACCCCACGCCCUUGGUCCUCCCCUCUUUGGGCAAGAGGAGGAGCGCAGUGCCCUUCUGGGCCCUGGCAGACACACUGAGUGAGACUUGGACAGCACUCCCAAAUACUUCCUUGGUCCUUGGAAUGGGUGGGUGCAAAUCUUUGUGGGUUGUGCGGCUAUCCAAAUAUCUUCAUAUAUAAUAAAGUGAGGUGUACUGUUUUUGGCUGUAGGUGAGGGAAAUACAUAUUUGAAGGAGAAACCCCCUCUUCCUGUAAGUUGAAAACGAGCAGCCCUGGAGAGAGUUUCUAGUCUCACCCAUUCUUUGCUAUUCUACUCUGGCCUGUGGGGAUUUGUGUGUGGUUGAGGUGCUUUAAUGCAGGAAAGCCCUAAAAAAUGUGGUCUCCUCCACCCACCACACACAUGCCCCAGGGUCUGAAGUGACCCCAUUCAUUGCACAAUUCCUGCUGCAUACGUCAGUUCUGUCUGAGCUACCGACAGUGCUAGGGAUCGUGGGAAUGAGAGGAGUCUGUUCAGGUGGCAGCUGCUCACACUCCAGGCUGGCCCCUGUAGCACAAAACCAUGGGUUGUUGCAACCCGUGUUUUGGACACAGUCGUCUCCUGGUCCCCGUAGGAAGCCAGUCGUGCAGAUCGCAGUGCCAUUGGGUUGAUGUUGAGUGCGCAAACCCAGCAAGGGCCCCAAAGUGAGUGCACACUAUCCACCCUCCCCUAGGCCUAAAUAAGACAAAGUGCUUAGCACAUGCCCCAAAAUGUGAUCCAUCAGGACAGGCUCUGAGCGUUCCCAGGAUGCUAGCAGGAUAAAUCAGUUUUUUAAAGUGGUGCACUUUAUCUGAUUAUAAUUACUCUGGUGGAAGUCCAUUAUUCUGCCCUGUAGAACUGGGACUUGUUCUUUCAAGGGCAGGAUGAGUGGUUUUGUCUCAAGCAGGGCUUGGCUGGCUGAAAAGGAAAAUGGCUGGAUUUGGGGGACAGCUUCAAGCUUAAAUUUCUUGGGAAGAGGUAGAAAUGCAGGGCGUUUGCUAGCCUUGCAUACACGUGCACCUGGAUUUCUGGAGCUGCCAAGGGCGGAGCUGGCUGUACGCUGGGUUCCGCUUUCUAAUAUCGGAAGAGGGAGCUUUUUGGUGAAAGCCAGAGCCAAUUGAAAGACAACCCGGCAGCCGACAGGUGAUUAGUACUCGUGGCCAUGGCUGGCUUAGCACAAGGGACUGAGGACAAUAACAAGAUGCUAGGAAGAGGAGUGGGGAUGGGACAGAGCUCUGCUUUCCGCGCGUUUUCUGAGCGAGAUCAAGUGUUUCAGGGGUGGCUCUCUUCUGCCAGCUCCCCUUUGGUUCCUGGCUUAGACUUGCUGUCUCUGUUCUCAAGUGACUGUUAAGCUAAACUGCUUCCCCUAAUGGUCCAGUGUAAACUACCUUAUGUGCAGCCGAGAUGGAGGUUUCUUUUAAAUCCUCUAUUUUUUCAUAGUUUGAAAUUUUGUCAAUAAAGGUUGUCAUUUUC